AUGUCCCACUACUUCUACUUGGCUCCAGAAGUUCUGCUUCCCUUUAGCCCUCUCACUUCUAAAGAGUUCGAGCUGAUAAGACGCAAGGCCCGGGAACUGUGGCAGGAUGAGACACGGUGGUCCGCUUCUUCCGUGACAACCUACGCUGGCAGCUACCGCGGAAAGCAACCGGAUGAAGCCGCUUGCCACCGACUGGCCCAAAGAGCAGGCCAGCAGCAGUUUGAAUACAAACCGACACCAUUGCCUAGCCGCUCUGCCUACGGCGCUCUACCUGGCCAGGCUGGUUCCCAAGAGCCUGCAGACUGCAAAGGAGGACUCCCUGGUGUACCGAGACCCUCUCAGAACACCACCCUGCACGUCAAGCACAAAGUGGCACACCAGAUUUGGGGUUCUGAAGCUCCUUGUUUAAGUCUCCCAGAUUACAGAACUUUAUGUAAGUGUAUGAAGCCGCCAAAGCCAGGCUUUGAGCUCCUCAUGAAUUACAGGACUAGAGGGAAAAACCUCCUGAAACAACUUCAGCGGCAACAAUGGGAUUACGAAAGCGAGAUUGGCUCCUCUGAGGACUCACAGAUGGAUCGAUAUUCCUCCGAUUACAGUGCAGGCUCAUCACUGAUACUCAACUGA